UCCAACUACAGACCACAUGGGCUCAGGUGGCAUGAAUUCAUAAAUCAGUACAGGAAAGGCUGAGGAACUAAUGUUCUUCCUGAAAUAUGCAAGUACUGUAUACUUUAUGUUAAAUGUACAGAAUAUCAUUACUUAUUUGCCCACAGUGUAAGUUGCUAAGGAAAUGUUUGCAUCACCCCAUGAUUAAAUUUUGGUUGGGUCACUAAAGGUAAAGGGACUGCUGACCGUUAGGUCCAGUCGCGGAUGACUCGAGGUUGCGGCGCUCAUCUCACUUUGUUGGCCGAGGGAACCGGCAUACAGCUUCCGGGUCAUGUGGCCAGCAUGACUAAGCCGCUUCUGGCGAACCAGAGCAGCACACGGAACCACCGUUUACCUUCCCGCCGGAGCAGUACCUAUUUAUCUACUUGUACUGGUGUGCUUUUGAACUGCUAGGUUGGCAGGAGCAGGGACCGAGCAACGGGAGCUCACCCCGUCGCGGGGAUUCGAACUGCCAACCUUCUGAUCGGCAAGCCCUAGGCUCUGUGGUUUAACCCACAGCGCCACCUGCGUCCCUGGUUGGGUCACUAGGGACCAUUUAAAUUGCUUUGUAUGCCUAUCAGAAUUCCCAUUGUUGUGACUCCCUUAUCUCUCCUUAUAGGAAUCUUCAUCAUAUGCAUUUCACGUUGGCUUGAACUGUUCCCCCCACCCCAACAGUUUCUGACUUCAUUCUCUAAACAAAAUAUGACUGAUAUAUAAGGAGUGUGCUUUAUGCGAUGAUAUUGUGUGACUACUAAAAGCAGAUCUGGGCACAUGGGGUGAUGCUUUCUAUUCUUCUCUCACUAAACUUUUCAAAAAUACUGUGAUAAUUGAACAUAUAUCAGAGGACCAAAUCCUAUAUUUCAGCUGUUGUGUAGAAGACACUGGAGGUCCUACAUCUCCACACAAUUAGAGUGUUGCUUGGCAAGUAAAUCAAUUCCAUUACAUUAAGAGUUUUCAUACCAUUAUUUCACAUUCUUGGCGGCAGCUGGAGCUGACUUGUCACCACGCAAGGGGGAUUUUUGUCUGCAUCUUGACUUAGAAAGGGAGGCAUACACCUCCUUCUCACAUUCUGAAUUCCAAUAACUAUUGGGGGGACUGCAUUUGUAAUUAAUUAAAGAAAAAAUGAAGAUGUAGUUGCACCCUGUUCAUUAACCAUAAGGUAUAGCUUGGCUCAGUCACUAAAUUUGACCAGGGAAACUAACUUAUUUUGAUAGACAGCCAUGCCAUCUGCCAGGCCAAAUAUCUGUUGGAUUUAGGGUUAAGGAUUGGGGUCCAGAGUUGAAAGUGACAAUGUAAUCAGCUAAAAUGCAUUUAAAUUGAUUGUGUUUCAGUGGCACUUUCAGGUAAUUGGUUUUGCUAUAUGCACCUGUUCUGGCCCUCGCUCAACAGUGACUCCUUGACUCAGACAGGGCUUGAUUUUGAUUAGUGUUGGAACGCAGCUGUGAAUGCAAAUUACUCUGUCACUAAGUGAUGCUUCUGUUUGUUAUUUUACCACUUCAUUGGCUUUCCAGUGUCAUGAAGUAAUUCCUAAAUUUACCUCUGAUCUCUGUUGAUUUAUGAGAAGGGACCCUCUUGGAACUUCUCUUCAUUCUCAUGAAACACAAGAUGUAACAGUGCUACAACUUGCAGGGCCAAAAGGCAGAAGCUUUGCACAUAGGGGAGGAAAAAAUAUGGCUAUCCCCCAAGCAAGUUCCCAGAAUUCCUUUUAUGUUUCUAGAGAGUCAAUUAAAAUUUAAACCCUUCAGGAGACUAUGGACUACGUGAGCAUACAGGCUGAUCGUAUGGUUCAUUCUAGUUGUAACAGUGGGAUGUGACUUGGGCUGUCACAGCUAAAGCCGCACACUGGCCCUGGCAAAUGAGAGCAGAACUGUCCAAUUGCAGUCCCUGCCAGGGAAACUCCCUACCUGUCAACAAAUCACAAGAUGGCUGUGGGGACUGCCAUAACUCUCUCUGACAUCAAUGUUACACAAGUACUGUUUUCCAUGGGUGAAAGCUAUGCAGCCAGGAGACGGGCAUAUAUACUGUAUGUAUUGGUCUUUCCCUGUAGGCUUGUUAGUGACACCAGCAACAUUCUCCAGUAUGUGGAGUCUGAAAAUCAGUGGCGGUUUGCUGACCCCAUUUGGAAGAUCAUAGAAUUCAAUGGCUAGACAGGAAAAUGGGUUUCUGGAUGCAGUGGGGGAGGGUGUAUUUAAAGCAGUGAUGGUCAAACUUGGCCCUCCGGCUGUUUUUGGACUACAGUUCCCAUCAUCCCUGACCACCGGUCCUGUUAGCUAGGGAUGAUGGGAGUUGUAGUCCAAAACCAGCUGCAGGGUCAAGUUUGGCCAUCACUGAUUUAAAGGAAUGAGACAUAGGGCAUGGUAAAGAGGUUGCCUGAGGGAGCAAAAGAGAGCCCACCAGUAUCCGCAGGGAGAAAGGAGUAUGGUCACCAGUAGGUCCAGAUACGUUAGAUCAUGGUCGGGAUUUCUAAUAAAUUUAAUACUCCCAAGAAAUAAGCAGACUGCAACAGUCUAUUUGUUAAGAAAAUGUUUCUCAUAAGCUUGCACUUUUUUCUUCUCUUCACAGCCUGGUUUCUUAACUCUCCCUCCAUUUCCAAUCUUUUUCUUUCAUGCAAGUACUGGGAAGAAAAAUUGGGAUUCUCUGUUGCUUGCCAUGAUGUUGGCAAAAGGCUAAGCUAAUGAAUAAAUUACUGGUCCUUCUUCCUUUGGGACUCUUCCCUUGUUUAUGUGCAAUAGUAUGUAUGGAUUCUACUACUACAUGAUUGUAUUGUGGAUGUCCUAUUGUUUUUAAUAAUGUAGAAGAUAGUUUGCAGGACUGACUUUUCAUGGAUGUAAAGCACAAUAUGAUGAAUAUUUUCCAUGUUAAAUUAUAGUGAUGUCUAAAAUAAAUUGUUUUUCCCAUCAUUGUCAAUGAUUUUCAGUAAAAAAUGAGACGAUGUUUAGUAAAACUUCUAAAGAAGCUGUAAAAAUGAUUAUGGAUGGAGAAACACAUUUUAUUGAAUAUAACUGAAGUGUGACUUAACUAUAAACAGCAAAUAAAUAUUGACUGCAUUUGUAAAGCAGGAAAAUUUUGUUUCGUAACGCAAAUUUCUGAGGGAUCAAAUUAAUGUGUGUGGAUAGUUUAUUUUCCUAUGUUUGAGAACAAUCCUCUAGCAUGAUCCACAGGUAUGAGCGGGUUAGGAUCCAGCAGAUCUCUAGCUAAGCUGGCAGGUUCCUGGUACAACCAGGCUAUAGCAGCUUAGCUCCCACAUCCUCGGCUUAGCUGCAGAUGCGCUGCCAUAUCUCCCCCAUUCCAGCUGUCGGGACCCAGCCGGCUGAGUUAAGCCUGGUGGAUUUUAAGAUGGUGUAAGGCUUGAAAAGGGGGCAUGCUUGGAGCAUGCUGGGGGUAGGAUCAAAGAAGGGAGACUUAGGCUAGAUCCUAAUUCAGUGUCAUGUGACCUGGCAACAUGAUAUAAACUAAGCUGGCCAAAAGAGUGGCAUAACUCAAACACUAUUUUAAAGGCUUGUUUUCGCUCUGCCAGGCUUAGACCAUUUCAGCAGCAGCUCCACUCCUGAAUGAAGAUUGGAUAUGUAAUUUUAUGCCAGCAUUGGCAGACCUUGGGGUCUCAAAUUUCAGCAGUGCCCUGUUUGAUGCCAAAAUUGGACACCCCUACACUGUCUGUCGCCUUCUAUUCUACAUAAUAGUUGCAGCACCCCCUGAGGCUCCACGCCUAAUGCAACCGAACAGGUCACAUACCCCUAAAUCCACUUCUGAUGCCGGCUUAAUUUUCACCAGAUUGUUUUAACGCCAGCUUCUUGUGUAGAUUAUUGCUCCCUUGUGUUGUCCUUGCUACUUGCUACAGGGCAGAAUAUGUAUCUCUGUCUCCCCUCCAGUCAUUGAAAGUGGAUGCUUCCUUGCUUUAAGAUGCUCAGAGAAUACAAGUAAUAGAUCACUUGCCAACAAUUUUCACAUUAAAAACACAUGCUGACUGGAGAUAGACAAUAGGUUUUAAGAUAGUUUAAGGUUCAAGAAUAGCAGAGUUGUCAAUUCUGAUGUGCAUGUUCCUCAUUUUACUGCAAUCUGAAGUCAAACAAGCUUGGCACUCUAAAAAUCAGUAAAAUUUCUAAAGAGAGAUGUGGAAUGAGCAUGCACAGCCUGGGCAAUUAUGCUUCUAUAUCAUACCUUUUUCAGCUCUCUGAAGAAAUUACUAUAUUUCUCCAACCAGAUUGCUGGCACCUGUAAAAAGAAUGAGAUUUGCCUGUAAAUGGAUCUUUCCUUUGUCUUAUCAGUGCCAUACAUCAAGGAGAGGGGAUGAAAAUAGGUUCUUAAAAUUUGCUGCAGUAAGCUAGUGGUAGUAAUCAGAGUCAGGCGAAAAAUGAAAUCAAUUGGAAAUACUUACUUAAAUCAAAGCACAGAAAUGAUGCAAAUAUGCCAACUCAGCAAUAAUACCUGAAUGAAAUACCUGAAUGAAAAGAAUGCAUGAAUGCAAUAUAAGAGAGCGAGAGCAAUAUAAAUGGAAAGCGAUAUUUGAUUGGCAAAUAAAAAUAAUUAAUUGGACAGUUGCCAGUAAAACAUAUUGUUGCAUGCCACCCCAAUCUCUGAGCAGUGCAAGAUUCCAGGGGUUCCAAGCACUUACCCAGGGUUCAUGUUUCCUUUGGAAUGAGAUACAGCAGGGACUGCGGUGUCUUUAUGGUUUAUUUACACAUAUAUACAACCUGAGCCUACGAUGGAGGGGUUUACAGCAUUAACACCCCAAGAGGUCCUCGCUUCCCCCAAACAGAAAUCAAACCUUGUUUUGUCUCUCUCUCCAGCUUGCUGCUUUUCUUUUUGCUCUCAUCAAUCUACCAACUCUCUGUUCCAAACUCUGCCUUUGUCCUUCUAAGUACCUCGAGUUGAGAGAGGGGCCCCGACUUGCCUUCUUGUGCAGAGCCCCGUCCUUUGUUCCCUUAACAACCCAUUACCUUACCAGGAAGCUAGCCUGGCUAUUCCAACAGUCAGAAAGGGGUGGGGUUGGCAUUAGAAGGGUCUCAGCAGACAACCUACUCCAUCCCCCAAACUCAUAAUAAUAUAUAUUACUAAGCCCCAAACUGCAUUCCCCCAAAAUUUCCACCAGUCCAAACUAGUUAAAAGCUUUGCUGUGCUACAGCUGUACAGGCUCUUAUUCUACAUAUCAUGAAAAUAAAUAUAUAUAUAUAUAUAUAACUACCUUUUCAAGGAAGUAUUCAAAUGAACCAGUUUCUGCAGGUUCCAGAAAAGAGCUGAGAUAUGAAUACAGGAUACUUUGGAUAGGAUCCAGAAUGGUGACUGGAAGAAAGUUCUGGUGAAAAUUGAAGGGAAAUUAGAAUAGUGAAGUCUGAGCCUCACAAAGGAAUAAACAGAAAAAUAAAGAGGGGUUUUUUUUGGGGGGGGGGAAUAACUGCAUCUGUUCCAAUCUGUUAUGAGCCAAAUCUCCAGACCCAAAAAGGCUGGCUCAAAGAAAAUGACCAAGAACAGCUUCAAAAACUGGAAGUAGUAUAUUCUCAAAACACUUUUUUUUUAGGGGUCCCUGUGCCUUUGGCUCCUUAUGCCACCCUGCCAGUCCUGUACCGCUUUGGGGGGCUGGGAUCUGAUCUGAAUGAUUUGCUGGGCUUGAGAAGAAUGCAACAGCCAUGGACCUUUCGAUCCCAGUGGGAUAAGCGGAAUCAAAGGGUACAUGGAUGUUGCAUCCUCUGCACUCGACCUGUGGGCGUUGGGGGAUUCACUCUCCAAGGGCUGCGUCAGCUGGCUGUGCUCCCCCUCCACACGCAGGCGGGCAGGAGGCACAGUGCGGCCCUGCUUGGCUCUGGUGGUGGUGUUGCUGUGGCAAGUGUAGGCAGCAAGGGCUGGACUGGCACAGCAGACUCCGUUCACACUCCGUGCCCCGGGCACCAGCAAACCAUGCCACACCACUGGUCAACAUGCAAAGGGUGAGUGAGGUAUCCGCAGCUCUGGCAGACGUCUGUCCAGUUUAUUAUUUCCAAUCCAGCACUUGAACACAUUUGGGCCAUGUCGCCGUAGGGUCAAGGAAGAAAAGUUUUACACUGUGGAAGAAUUUCGAUGAUGCCGGAGCUGCGAUUACAGUUUCAGAAAUUGAGUUGUGCGCCCGUCAAUUCAUCUAUAUUACAAACAAAGGAAACAGACCUGGAAGGAGAACAGGAAUGUGGCGUGAGAGAAAGUGAGCUAUAUAAAAAAGGAGAUUCUGCCCAACUCUUUCAAGGGAAGAAAUGGUUUUGCUUCACUUCCCACUACGACUGAGUCUAAGUGAGCAUUGCCACUGGAUUUACAUUAAAUUGAAUCUUGGGGUUAAUUAGGAGGGUUCCACUUGACAAACCAUCUGUCGGGAUUCCAACAGAAACAGAAAACAAUUUGGUCAUGUGUUGCAGAAUUCCCCCUGAGGCUUUAGUGAUACUUUAGAUUGUCACCAAAUUUCACCUGAAGUGAAAAUUGAAGGCAAAUAUAGAAGGACCUUGUUUGGUCAAAGUAUCCAUUCACAUUUUGAAGGAAGUUCAAAGAAUUUCAAUAUGACUAGUGACAGUUUAGUAUUAGGCUGGGUGUCACUUGAGAAGAUCUCUUAAGUUGGAUGGCUAAAGGAAGAGAAUCAUCCAUCCUUAGAAGUCUCCAGUUACUACUUUUGCCGCCUCCUUCAACAACUUUCUUUUUUUUAAAUCAUAUUUAUUAAAGUUUCCAAAAAUAUAAAAAUACAAAGAAAAAAGACAAAAGAAAGAAGAUAUUUAAAAACCUUACUUUCAUUCCCUACUUUCUGGGACUCCCCCCCCCCCCAAUUGUAUUCCCCUUUCCUUAAUUUGGUUCUACAAGCUCUCACUCCCAAUUUAAAGCUUAAUUUGUUUAACCCACUAUCCAGAUUGAAUUGUACAAAUCUUACCACCGUCCCACAUCAUUAACAGAAAAAGAAAAAGAUUUUCCCCAAGAUCCACCCCAGUUCCUUCCACAAAUUCCCUUUUUUUUAAACACGUCCGAUCAAAGUAAAAUAACAUGCGUAAGUUAUGUAAAGAAAUAGAAAAUAAGAGAUAUAGAAAAAUUCAAAAAAUGGUUACACAGCCUUUGGAUUUCAAAUCUCCCCCCUUCCCGGUUUGAAUUCCCCAUGUCCAUCAGUCUAUACAUUAUCAGCUUGGAAGUCUCAUUUCAUGACCAGAUUUCUCCCGAUUCCAUCUUGCCGGUUUUCUUUUAGUUUAUUAAUUUAAAUAAUAUUUGACUUCAAAUGUCCAAUCUAACAAAGGCCUUUAAUUUCCUUGAUCUUUACCACUCCUCCCGUUGUUCUUUCCGUGUCGUAAUCAGUCCUUUAUUCUUCUUAUUCCUCACUUUCUCAGGUUUCUUGUCCUGUUCAGCUGCUAAAACUUUCUAAUUCAGAAAUCUAGUGUCUCUGCAGAGGUUUGUUAUUCAGGAACAAAAACUUACGUCCAGUCCCUUUCUUUCUUCAAUAAAAAAUUCCAUUGUCUUCCUCUGUAGACAAAAUACUCUUUCAGUUUUGCAGCUUUCCCAGAAGAUAACAAAUCCUGUGCGAAUCCCAGGGUAUUUUUCCACUUACGACCGUUCUUGUAGUAUCCCGAAACCCCUCUAGGGGAUUGUAAUAACUUUGUAUCCUCUAAUCCAAAAGUCAAAUUGUUGCUUAUUUUCCAACAGUUUAUAUCCAUAUUAUAGCAAAUUGUAACAAAAUUAACCAGCAAGGUCCUCAUAACAAAGUCCUCUUUAUAUUCUCCAGCUUUGACAGCCACUUUGACAGCUGUCAAAGUCUCCGUCUCUCUUCACCAGGCUCCACGAAUCGCCCCGGUUCCCAGUGGGGUUGCAUUUUCUUCUCACCCUCCACUCUUCUCCUCCAGCACAUUUCUUAUAAUUUCCCAUCGUGAAAUUAAUGAUUUUUAUCAGAGACAUACUUCCCUUUGGACCUUGGUUACCCAGUCCUUGUUUUGGAAUGCUUACAAUAGGGGGAUUGACUUCCUUUUAAAUCGCCCCGCUCGUGCCAAAUCAAAAUUUUGAACCCGGUUUCCCAAUUACUCACGGGUUGUUGUUAAUAGUCAAAUUUUCAAUAGAAGAAGUCAGCGCUCUCCGUCGAAUGGCAUGCGGCUGCGCUCGGCAGGAAAGCAGUGGACUCAAAGCACCACGCCACUCCCAGGCACCCGAUCCGAAGCCUUUAAAAGGCUCCUUCACGAGUCGGGAGGGCGCUAAUGGUGCAAGCCGAGUCACCCAUGUCCACGGACUCCGUGCCCGUGGUUUUUAAGGGUCCCCGCGUCGCCGGCGCGGUAGGACCCAGCCCCUGCCGAGCAGACUCCCUCCGGAGCUCGGAGGGAGUCCGCCAUUCGGCGAUGGCGCUAACCCGGAAGUCCUCCUUCAACAACUUUCAGGGAGGCAGCCAUGUUGUUCUGUCACAGCAAAAACAAUAGAAGAGCAUUGUGACACUUUAAAGGCGAAAGAACACGCUAUAAUAAAAACGUGGUUGUUGUAGAAACAGUUGCAACCAGCCACAUCCUCAGAGAUAAAGUUCUCUAUAGACAUUUUAAUAGGAAAAUUGGUGAGCGGCUUCUCCCAGCUAGUGAACAGAAUGUAAGUGAGGCUGGCACAGUUUUACAUUCCUGAAAUCCAACUUGUUAAGGCUGCUUCAUCAAUGGUGAAUUUGUGAGGUGCAAAAGGCGGAUGAUAAUUGUUUAAGGCCUAGCAAAUUCAUUCUUUCUUUUUUAACUAGAGGAAAUGUGACUUUGACUAGAUGUCGGCCUUUCUACUAGGUCCAUUCUCUAAAGUUAUUUUCUUUAGAACAAACCAUGGGGUAGUACCUCAGUUUUCUAACAUAAUCUGUUCUGGAAGACUGUUCGAGUUCUGAAACGUUCGAAAACCGAAAACUCAGUACAGAAGCCUCAAUACGGGAAAACUCAAUAUAGAAAACUCAAUACGGAAACCGUGUGGCAUGUUUGACUUCCGAGGCAAGUUCGAAAACCGAAGCAUUUACUUUCGGGUUUGCAGCAUUUGAAAACCGAAAUGUUCGUCAACGGAGACGUUAGAUAACUGAGGUAACACUGUAUAUAAGUUCUACUCCCCUCCUGCCCCUCUCAACCCUACAAGUAGGCUCAUCUAAUAACAUUGCCUGUAUCUGAAAUGCAUAAUACACCAUAACGCUCACACAUAAUAUCCUGGUAUCCAAUGCUUCCCUCAACCCUCUAGAGCAGAUUUUGAAGGGGCACAAGGUUGUAGAGGAGAGGAGAAGAGGCAUCAUUGAAAAUGGCCUCCCAUUCUGCUGAUGGGUCCCUCCCAGGACCAGCCAACCCAUGAGGCAAGGCUGAGGCGAAUGCCUCAGGCAGCAGGAUCCACAGGGGAUGAAGAACUACUGGUAUGUCUAUAUUCCCCCCUUGCUCCUGGUGUACUUCUGCCCUCAUGCCUUCUUCCCUGGCUGGGAGGUGGGCGCCAUUUUGGGGUCCACCUCAGGUGUCUAAAUGUCUUGGGCCAGCCCUAUCUCUAGGUGCCCUACUUCUAUUCGGAUCGACUGGGGUUGGACUAAAUGAGCCUUGGGGUCCCUUCCCACUCUCUGAUUCUGUGACUGGGGGGAGGUUGCCUUGCAAGGGCCUUGCUUCGACAUAAAUGCCUUGCCUUCAUAUUCAGAAUUCGGACAGUUGCACAGCCCUAGUCCAUGAUUUAGUAAAAUAGGCAUACAUUCUAGUCAGAGGGGAACAUUGCACUAUUAUACUAGUUCUGCCAGCACACGCAUUUCUGCUUUCCAGACAGAACAAUAAACCCUCUCCUAUUUUACACCCUGUUCCGGGAGGUUAUCCUGAUCUCCCAGAGCCAAUUUGUGUGUGGGGGGUGGAGGUACACAGGGGAAAGAGAGGGUUGGAAAGUCCCAUUACACUAAAAGGGCUUGUGCUGGCACCUGCCACUGCAGCUAUCUAGAUGAAACUGGUCCAUAAGUUUCUACAUUCCCAUAAUACACACUUCUCCAUCCAUCCAUCCAUCCAUCCAUCCAUCCAAGCAAAAGGCAUUGUCACAGUUCAAGGACAUAUUCUGAAAGCUCUUGAUCAAGGUGCAGAGCUGAGCCAGUGAGGGGGUGAGGUGACCUGGGGAGAGCCCUGUGGAUCAGAUAAACACACAUAGAGGGUCAUCCCUGUCCUUAGUGAUCUACUGCAAAUCACCGACAGAUUUGUGGGUGGUGUGCCCAGCCCUGUACUUGAAGAGCAUAAUUUCUGAUCCCAGUGGGCUAAAUACCGGGAGUGGGAUCUGAGUAUGAAACACUCUGAGCUAAAUUAGGCCUUUUGCUUUUGAAGCUCCUUGGUGUUCAAAUAGAUUUUGCAUGUACUCUGCUGUUUGUUGUGGGUUUUGUUUCUGUUUUUUCAUUUUGGGGGGAAAAACCGUAUUAUUAAUGUGUGUUUUUAAUGUGCACUUGAUCAUAUUUUGCAUAAUUAUUUUAUUGACGUCAACUGCCUCGGGCACUGUCUGAGGAAAAGCAAGUGUAGACAUUUCAUAAAUAAAAUAAAUAAUUGGUCUCCGGAGGGCAGAGUAAAGCUUCAUUAUGGACGCAGCAGAGAAAUUCAAGGAACAAUCCCUCAGAGUUGAUGAGCAGGCGGUGCAGCGUAGAGCAGUCGAAGGCAGCUUUUCGAGGAUGAAUUGGGCAAGAUAUUGGAGGCAGGUGCAUUUGGGUAUUUUUGUCCUAUGGUAGAGAUGGAUUUGCAUCCUUUUACAGAAUGCAACCCUUCUUGGUGUAUUAAUAUUUUAAACAAGCCAAGCGUAAUCUCAUGAGAAAGCUUAAAAGGUUUCAGCAUGCAUUGUUGCUGUUUUCCAGUGCUAAGAAAUUGCCUAUGUAUUUCUGAUAGGCGGGUUACUCAUCCUGCUCCUUGACACAACAGCCAUGAGUGUUGAAGGAACGAGUGAAGAAUUGGGCUGCCUGCUGGGCCUGGAGACUGUAAAUCUGACAGUCGUGACAUUUAUGAUCAACGUUAAUGGGAAUGUCAGAGCUACAGGUGUUCAAAUAGAUGAGUAAUGCAGCAUGUGACUAUAUGUGGUAAUUAGCAAUCCACGGUUGCGUGGGGGUUACGGGAUCCAGGAUAAAUUGUCAGAGGCCAAUUAAAAUGAGGUAUAUUGAGUGUGAUAAUCAAGUCUGGUUAGAGCAGUUCUCUAGUUAUCCCAUAAUAAUGCUGCUGAAAGAACUGAAGGGCUGCUAAAGGCCAUCAAGCAUAUUCUGGCUUAAUGCAGAGGCCAUAGUUUGCUUGUGCGUCAUCACUUAAAAACUGGUGACACCUUGUCUCCCACAUGGGCAUGCAUAUAGAGCAUACAUAAGGUGAAUGAUGUGCGUCUGGACAUAGAAGGACCAGAAAACUAUAAACAUCACCCGAUCUGCAUUUAUACUCUGUGUUCUAGGAACAUCUUGUUACAGGCCACCCCGAUUCCUGCUGAGCUGUCCACAGGAUUCCAGGGGUCUUGGCCCUCAGCCAGCGCAUGUGCUGCUUAGACACAGUAGAGGAUGUCAUAGAUUUAAGAAAUAUUAUUCAUUCACAUAUUUUACACUUGAAUUUAGUUGGAGGGAGUCCAGAUCUUACAGCAUGCAUGGUCAUUUCAAGAGAGUCUUGUCCCCCACAGCAGUGCAGCACUUGAGUCCAAGGCAUCUGUCCCAGCCUGCCUUCAGCCAGCCUGCUCAAGAUGGAUCUCUUUGUUCUCCCUUCUUCUUCUUAGCACACCUUGCUAAAGGCACUCUUUGCCUGUCACCUCACAUCCGGUUACCCUGGCAAACUUCCAAAUCCCCCGUCUCUGUCGACACCUCAGCAUAGUGGCCCAUGGCCCUGCAUCAUCAUCAUCAUCAUCAUCAUUAUUAACAACAACAAUAAUUUUAUUGUUCAUAUCCCAUGCAUUUGGUGGGUUGCCCCAGCCACACUGGGUAUUCAUGGCCCCAACUUGGCCAGGUCAUUUUGAGUAGGCUAACCCAGGAAUUCCUCUCCAGCUUGUAUUUCUCUUUUUAUAUCCCAAAUAAUCAAAAUCCUACCAUUUAUUAAUUUAUAGAGUUUAGGGCAGUCCCACCCCCAAACCUAUAACAAUAGGAAGCUUGACUUUUAUUGAAUCAGACUAUUAGUCCUCCUGUGUGUGUUGUGUGUGUGUUGUGUUGGCAUCUGUCUGUCUUGAGAGACAAUGGAGUGCACCUCUGGGGGUGAAGUCAACCCACUGGAGAAUCACAGCACCUGCUGUGGCUGCAGAGACUGGGAACUUGUAACAGCUACCUCCCACGUUGUUUUUCUGCAUUAGCAGCACUGAAGUGAUCUCUCCAGGGCACAAGCCUGGGCAAUGUGUAUGGGGGUCCUGUAAUGCCCAGACACCCCCCCCCCAUCUUGGCCUUGCUGAGGUUCACAUAGCUCAGUAUUGUCUACUCUGGCAGCAACCUUUCAGGGUUUCAGACAGCUGACGCUGCCCGGAAUUGAAUCUGGGAACUUUUGCACCCUUAAAGAUAUUUAAACAUUAAACAGUUUAGAAGUGCUUUUUCCCCAAAAAAGUGUGGGGGGGUGAACAUGUGCUGUAACACUGAGCCACCAGUGUAAUCAGAACACCACUUCUCUUCAACCAUAUCUUUACUUCCUGCAAUGCAGCUGGGAUAUACUGAAUUCCAGAAGAAUUCCUGAGCAAGAUAGCAGGAAGUUGCUUUUGCCCCACUCCCAUAAUAAGUUGAUUUACCCAUCUGCUGUUAACUGCACAAAAAUUGUUUUUCACAUAAUAAUACAGUGGUACCUCGGGUUACGGACGCUUCAGAUUACAGACUCCGCUAACCCAGAAAUAUUGCUUCAGGUUAAGAACUUUGCUUCAGGAUGAGAACAGAAAUCGUGCUCUGGCGGCGCGGCAGCAGCAGGAGGCCCCAUUAGCUAAAGUAGUGCUUCAGGUUAAGAACAGUUUCAGGUUAAGAACAGACCUCCGGAAUGAAUUAAGUACUUAACCUGAGGUACCACUGUAAUAAUAAUUUAUUAUUAUGGUCAAAGACCAGCUUGUGAAACACAAAUGGAACUACAAUCCCAAAAGCGAAACAAACAUUUAAAACAAUAUACAGUCAUACCUCGGGUUGAAGUUGCUUCAGGUUGAGCACUUUCGGGUUGCGCUCCGCGACAACCCAGAAGUAACGGAACACAGACGCAUAGGCACAGGUUGCAUUUACUUCAGGAUGCGAACGGGGCUCCGGAACAGAUCCCAUUCGUAUCCAGAGGUACCACUGUACAACAAUGGAUUUUAAGUUUAGCAAUGCGGUAGGCAUAUAAACACAUUAAAACUUUAAGAUAGACUACCAUAGAGAAAUGACCCAGAAUCGCCCGUGGAUCCGAGUUUGGGAAUUUUCUUAACCAGCUAGUUUGAAUCGGGGGGUGGUCUGUGCCUACAGAUCUGUGCGCAGAAUCUGGCGACAGUCAGAGUCGUCUUGUGAUCUUCGCCUAGCAGGAGAAGAUCGAAUUUUUGCUUUACCGGGAGGUCACAUAUUGUUUCCCUUUUUUAAGAGAGAGGGGUGGGGGAGAGAGAGAAACCCUGUUGUCACUUGUUAGGUUUAAAAACGCCAAAGAUAACACCAAAGAAAGGAAUAGCAGUGAGGGAGGAAAGCUAAAGGAGGGAAAUCAUUUUGACAAUGUCAGUUGUAAAUAAGCACUAAUAUUCCAUUUGGACCAUGCAGAUCUCCCCUUGCUGGUUUCACAUAUCUGUCUUUUCUCCCUACAACAGAGUAACAAUAGCUUUGGAGGGAGCAGUUCAGACUGGGAAGGUGGAGUGAAGGGGAAAAGGUUAGCUAACCCUUCUCUCCUCAGUACCACUCCUCUAACCAAAUAAUAAUAAUCUUAUUAUUUGUACCCCGCCCAUCUGUCUGGGUUGCCCCAUCCACUCUGGAGCACGUUACAGGUCACAGUUUGAGAGAGAGAGAGAAAAUAAGAGUUGGGAGAGCUAGCCAGGUAAGUUGAUCCUUACCUGGUCUUCAUCAUCUAGGAAAUCCGAACUGUUUGGUGGCUAUCCUAUGCCUCUAAGCAUAGGAAAGCGAUAAAAAGAUAGAGACGACCUAGAUCCAGACUUUUAAUAGUAUCAUACAGUACAAUUUCUUUAGUUCUUUUCUUCAAGGACAAGAACAGUACCAGCUUUCCUUAAAAUAUAAGACCUAGUUUCUUAUUUAUGGCCCACAUUUAGAACUAAAAUUCCUAUAUCCAGCUUUCACAUGCCGGCGUUUUAUCUAGCUUAUAAAUAAUCCAACAGUUGUCUGGCUAUGCACUUUAAUGCCAAGGCUGUAAAUAAACACUUUAUGUUGAUGAGCCCCACUUAAAAAUGCAGGCUUACCUUGGCAACCAGGUACUCCUCGACAUGUCACUGGCACAUAAAUUCUUACAUUUUUUUUAGAUCACUAGCUUGCUAUUUUGCCCACUGCUUUGCAACUACAUAAAUUCAAAGAAUUGCUUGCUGGCAUCUCCUAAUAACUUCUUAGAAAUAACUAGGCAUGCACUGCCAAAGUUCUAACAGGCAGUUUCACACCAAUAUGUGGAAUUCACACAUACACACACACCUGCCUCCUUGGUCUCAGAACUUUAUCAGCUCCCAAUCCCUUUGCAAUUGUUGACUUCAUUAAAUACCACAAGUUAGGAAUGAGCAAUAGAUAACUUAGAUUAAAAACUCAGUACUUGGGUGUAAGUCCCAUUGAACUCAGUGAGACGUCUGAAUUGGCAUGUAUAGGAUUAAAGGUAAAGGGACCCCUGACCAUUAGGUCCAGUCAUGACCGACUCUGGGGUUGCGGCGCUCAUCUCGCUUUAUUGGCCGAGGGAGCCGGCGUACAGCUUCCGGGUCAUGUGGCCAGCAUGACUAAGCUGCUUCUGGUGAAACCAGAGCAGCGCAUGGAAACACCAUUUACCUUCCUGCCAGAGGAAGAUCACCUAUUGAUCUACUUGCACUUUGACGUGCUUUCGAACUGCUAGGUUGGCAGGAGCAGGGACAGAGCAAUUGGAGCUCACCCCGUCGUGGGGAUUUGAACCACCGACAUUCUGAUUGGCAAGUCCUAGGGUCUCUGGUUUAACCCAAAGCGCCACCCGCGUCCCUUGUAUAGGACUGCACUUAGAUAAUUAUAGGACAUUAUAGGGUUCACAUUGCAGUCGGUUCAGCUUCUUUCAGUUAUGGUUGCGAGUGCUGUCUCCCUAGUUCAUUAUCUUGUAAAGACGUGUCUCAUUUCAAGCGAUGAUCACAGCAGAACCCUGUUAUGUAGCCCUACUGUCUCUUUGUCCUAAUUUCCUCCAACAUUAUACAAUCUAAUUUCUCGGGUAUUUCUUCUGCCUGCCUGCUCCCUACCUUAACUUCCCUUUUUGUUGGACCAUUUGCUCACUCAGCUUCCUGCCAUCAGCCCCCCAUUGCCUCAUUCUUUUCUUUGUGUCAAUAGCUCACAGAUCCUAUGAUGUUUUUUGCAUAUCCACAUUGAACUUCCAUCUCCCCCAAGCAAGCUCUCUCAAAUAAGCUGGUCGCAGGAUAUCACCCACUUGGUGAAGCUAAGUAGGUCUGGAUCUGCAGACCCUCCCAGAUUUAGAGAAGUCGUCCCGGUUUCUGAUUGGAUCCCAGAAUGUCCCACUUUUCCUUAGGACACCCCUAUUUUAAUCAGAGAAGUGUUGAAUGGUAUGGAGUUAUGUGACCCCUGAGCCAAAGAGAUAAGUAUCUAUACAACCUUUAGAAAACAGCCCUGUAAAGGGAAGGGUUUUUUAAAAAAAUGUUUAAUGUUUAAAAAUUAUUGUUGUUAUCAUUAUUGUUAUUAUUAUUAAAUAGGAUAUCCCUAUUUUCAUCUGAGAAAUGUUGGAGGAUAUGGGAAAAUCUGGUCAGUACUUGGAUGGAUGAUGGCCUGGGAACCACAUGUAUGCUGCUGUAGGUUUCAUAAUGGAAUAAAGGUGGAAUAUAAAUGUAAGAAAAUCAGUACAGUCGUACCUUGGAAGUCGAACAGAAUCUGUUCUGGAAGUCCGUUCGACUUCCAAAACAUUUGGAAACCAAAAGGCAGCUUCUGAUUGGCUGCAGGAAGCUCCUGCAGCCAAUCGGAAGCCACGAUGGACAUUUGGGUUCCAAAAAUCAUUCGAAAACUAGAACACUCACUUCCGGGUUUUGAUCGUUCGGGAGCCGAUUUGUUCAGUAGCCAAGGCGUUCGAGAUCCAAGGUAUGACUGUAUAUAAAUUCACCUUGGGCAGUCAGAAAGUUUAUGAGCAUUCCAUUACAUCAGAGAAGCUUAACCCAAGGCUGGGGAAAGAAAUUCACCCCUAGUAUUGGCCCAAAGUCAAGGGCUUUAUAAGAGACCACACCUGUCUCUUAAACUCAAGAAGCUGCACACUGGCAAGGUAUGUAAGAACAGUCCAUGUUACAAUUACUUUAGACUUCUUUAUUGAAGCUGGCAGGUAUCUGCCAUCUUUUGUUUUCCUCAAGGAGUGUCACUAACCCAACAGUUCCAUUUUAAUUUUCUCUGUACAUGACAUUCCAUCUUCUUGCUCAACUUCUAUGGUAUUUUUUUCUCGGUGCCCUCCAAGUGAUUAUUUACCUGCUGAAAACUCUGUUUUGGCUCUCUGAGGAGAGUGGUUGCUUUUGGCAGUUUUGCUUCAGAGGCCCAGUGGACCAGAUUCGGUAUUUUCCAGGGAGAGGAGGUCAGGUGUUGAUGGCAGCUGACAAGUUUUAAUUCCAGAGCUUCAAUAGUGAGAUGAAUGGCACACUGACUGAACAAAUAAAUUAGUCUGGCUUGGAGGUUUGAGCAGCUUAAAUUUAUCAUUAGGGAAAGGUGUAAUUUAAUUUCAAUAAACAGAGGGAAACUUUGGGCUCUCCGGUGACAAUACAAGGCUCUCUCAGUAAGAGCUGUGAGAAGGCAUAGAGUUAUUAAUCUUUUAAGUCUUUGCAGCCUUUCUACAGUCAAUUGUAUGAGCCCGUUUAAUAACAUUUUGAAGGUCUGUUGAGAAUAGCCUUUGAGUCUCCGUAAAAAAAUUCCCAAUACCUUAUGAAAACUAAUUAAUUUUUACUCUCUUGCUAUGUGUACUCCAGGAACCUGAGUUAGUACAACAGUUAAUAGGUAGAGAAACAGAGGCAAGUUGAGUUCCCCAAGUCAAUAUACAACUUACCAGUAAUGAUCUGAAUCAUUGUGAUCCUAUAAAACUCUAUACAUAGUUUGUGAGUAUAAGAGGGACUAUUAUCUGCCCCCACCAUUCCUGCGUGCUCUUUAUGCAGUCUAUUCACCUAUAAAUCUCUCUCCCCCCCCAAAAAAAUAGUUACAUAUAUUUUUUGGAACAUGGGACUGGAACAACUACAUUGUCAAGUGGACUACUGGAGUAAGACCUAAGCAACCUUGAUGCUAAGCAACCUCGGUGUGAUGGAAGUAGGUGUUUCAGAGAACAGUGUUUUGCCCAGUCACCUUUAGAAAGAUCAUCUGAAUUCCUUUAGGCUGCAUGCUAUAAAACAAUAAUUUUCCUCCCAUGACUAAUGGAUCUGCAAAGGUAAACCCAAUCAAGGGUGAACAAGGUUUCAUCAUGUAUAUUAGAAAGCAGCUGCAAGUGUGCAUUGAUUUAGCCAGAAUAUGCUCUUAAAUCUUUUCAUCUAACAAUGAAGUCUGCCAUCGUGAAAGAAUAGGGAUAUCAGAUUGUUAUUUCCUUAUAUUUAUUAAUGGUAUCUUUCUUGCCCAAGAAUAAUUUCACAGAUCUAUCCUUUCCUGUGGAUGGCAUCAUUUUGCUGUCAAUGGAUUUACCGUUUAAGAAUAUCAAGAAAUUGCACUUUGACAAAUGGCUGCCUCUGACUCAUAGAGCCAGUUUCUUCAGGGGCUAAAGUGUCCUUUGUUGUUAAGGCUGCCACCUUUUUCCAGACAACCACAGCCCUCCCAUGAAAUAAUUCUGAGUUGUUUAUUUCAUAACAAUACAGCUGCUUUGUAGGCCACAGAAUAAAGGUAAAGGGACCCCUGACCAUUAGGUCCAGUCAUGGCCGACUCUGGGGUUGCGGCGCUCAUCUCGCUUUAUUGGCCGAGGGAGCCAGCGUACAGCUUCCUGGUCAUGUGGCCAGCAUGACUAAGCCGCUUUUGGCGAACCAGAGCAGCACACAGAAACGCCGUUUAACUUCCCACUGGAGCGGUACCUAUUUAUCUACUUGCACUUUGACAUGCUUCCGAACUGCUAGGUUGGCAGGAGCAGGGACCGAGCAACGGGAGCUCACCCCAUUACGGGGAUUCGAACCGCCGACCAUCAGCAAGUCCUAGGCUCUGUGAUUUAACCCACAGCACCACCCGCAUCCCCUAGGCCACAGAAUAGAGACACUUAAAAAAAACCCACUUGUUUCUUCAUCGUACCCAUAUUUCUGAUGCGUGGGUUUAGAGUAGGCCAUGUACAGCAUGAAAGAAAAGAGAGAUGGAAUCCAGAGAUUUAUCAUAAGGCUGAGCUUGAGCAUUUCCAAGGAGAGGUUCUGGUUUUGACUGCAUUUUGAUAGCUGGUGUUAAUUGUGUUUGGGUUAUUUUGCAUUUGAAGUAGCAUAUUUUUUUUCUUUUUCUUAAAUUUUGCUUAGAUUUCCAAGGCCACACCUACAUACGCAGCGGAAAACAUUUAUAUCAUUAUUUAUUGCAUUUAUUAGUCAUUCGUUUUCACUAAAAGUGACCCAAAGCAUCUUAGAAGAAGCAAACAUUAUAAAUACCAGAAAAAGAUGAACCUAAAAAGCUCAUCUGUAAUAUAUCCAUAAAAGUGAAAACCUAACUCACUCCACCCCACCAAAAAUAAAAAUAAAAAUGAAGAGGCCAAAAUAAGGUAGCAAAAUGUUAAAGUAGUAAAAUAGGAUGGACCAUUUCAGACUACAAAUGAGGUUUCAUUUAUGGAUGUUCUUCCAUAUGAAAAAGCAUCUUACAGAUAUAGAAUUGGGAUAUUAGGGAGAAUACAGCCUCACCCUGGACAGCUCAGUUGGUCAGAGGAUGAUGCUGACAAUACCAAUAUUCCCAUAUGGAAGAGCUCUAUAUUUCUUCAUUGCAGAGGGUUGGACUAGAUGAUCCUCAGGCUCCCUUCCAACCUGAUAAUUCUGUGAUUCAUUCUGAUUUUUCUACAUCUAGGAACCAUACAUUUACUGUGACACACGCCAUUGCAGUCGCUCUGGAACAUAGACUCUACAUUCCUAUGCCUCUAUAGGGAUUCAGUUUCCGGUUUACUGAGGCUUCAAUUGAGGUUCCAUACAAAGCACUCUGUUCUACCACAAAUAAUCAUUUAUAAGCCAUCCUCCAGGAUGCAAAUUAAAUUCACCUCCUUGGUGCACUUGCCACGCUGUGUUUGUGCUGCGGCACCAAACACACGAGGUAUUUUUAACAAUAAAAGAAGGGGAAAUCAGAAGUGGCAGGGAGUGCAACUGGUAACUGAAAUGAAAAAGUAGGAGCUAGCAGGAGGCAUGGAAAGAAAGGGUAGGGGAUGACGGGAACUGCCCAUAUCUGAAAAACUAUAGAAAGGUGUCUGGGAAUGGUUUGAAAAGCAGUUUAUUUUAUUUUUAUUUAUGAUUUUCAAUUUUAUACAUUUCAAUAAUUUUACAAUCAUUUUAACAUUUCAAAACUUGACUUCCUUCCCUCUCUUUCUGCGGUUCCUUAAUUUUUAAUAUUUUCUGCAUAUUCAAAUUAAUUUGAAUAUGUUCUUCAAAUAUAUACUCUUAUAAAACUGCAGGUUAUUACAAUAAUCCUGCCAGUGUUUUUAUCUGUUUAUAAUUUAUCUGUAAAUAUUCAAUAAACCAUUUUCAUUCUUUUAUUUAAAAAAGUUUGUUAUCUUGAUUUCUUAUUUUUCCGAUAAGUUUUGCCAUUUCUGCAUAUUCCAUAAGUUUUUGUAUCCAUUCUUCUUUUGCUAGGACUUCUUUCCAUUUUGGGGCCAGUAACUUUCUUGCCGCUGUAGUCGCAUACAUGAAUAAAUUUUUAUACAGUUUGGGUAGUUCUGUCCCUAUAAUUCCCAAAAGGAAAGCUUCUGGGGUUUGUUAUAAACGUUAUUUUAAACAUCUUUUUCAGUUCAUUAUAUAUCAUUUCCCAUUAAGUUUUAACCUUACUACAAGAUUUACCUGGCAGGGGAGAACCCAUUAUCGUGAAAAGCAGUUUUACUAGUGUUGGCAAAUUUCUUUUUUCAAUAUUCCCAGCUCCAGGUAACUCCAAAUUUACUGAGAAAAACGUUCAGGACAGCAGCUGUACAUGGUGAAAGACUCCUGGACAUGGGAGAAUUAAUGGGUAUGCUAGGGGUAGACAGUCUGUAUUGAACUGAAUAUACCUUGAAUAUUUCAGAUCUUGUGGAAUAGUCCUUGAAGGCUGUACUCCUACCCCCACUUUCCUGGGAGUAAACCAGUCAACUUGAAAGGAUUUACUUAUGCGUGGACUUUCAUAAGAGUGCAAUACAAACAAUCCAUUGUAGUGGAACUGAAUGCUGAUUCUCCAAUUGAGGGGAAAAGCAUCUCAUCUGUCUGUCAGAAUCGGGGGGGUCGAAAGGCCAUCUCCCCUCAUCCUUGCCACUGCGCAGAUCCAUCAACCUCUGCUCUAGUGUACAUCAGUGACUCAAGCUUGCAGACUUGACCACACUUUACUCAGCAGUGUAAACUGCGCAACAGAAGAGCCUUGAGGCUGUAGACACAUACUAAACUACACAUUUAUUAUACAUAAAUCAGGACAAAGAAAACAUGGCAUCUCUCCUUGCCGUCUUCUCAGAGAGAGACUAAAAACAAAAGCAAUACAGAGCGGAAGUUCCGCUCAUGCCACCAAUCUGUGCUGGAAUGUAAACAGACAUGUGACAUGUAACAAUCCCAUGUCUGCAGCAAAGGAUGGAAUGGAAUCCCAACACUGUCUUGGAAGGCAGUGCUUUUGCAGCCAGUGGUGACUGUGUCCUGACAUUCCACAUCAAUAGUGUCAAUAAUAAUACUGACUUACCCUGCAAGGAUGUUGUAACAUAUGGAAAAAUCUUUUGAACAUUCCAAGGUAAUAUGCAAUUGAUUGGGGUUGAUAGUGGUGGGGUCUACAGAAAAAGAGAUAGAGAGGCUGUGGGAGUAAGCUGGGUUUAUGAAGGUAAAGAAAGACAGGUGGGCAGCCAGGUAAGAUGAAAGGGUGAGCCGGGUUUCCUUUUAAAUGAAUUUAUUUGCAAGGCUGUGUACAUUAUUUUUUCUCAGGUUGUGUAUGUGGUCACUUAGUAAUCUAGAGGACCAUUUUCCCAAGUGGUGGCUUACCACGACAUGCAUUCAGCAACUUAGUGAGCUGGUCAUGUUCACUGUCUGGCCCACAGGUGACAAGAGCACAACAAGGAAGGUGGCAGCUCCCCUAGGAGGAAAGGCUACAACAUCUGGGUUUUCUUCAUUUGGAAGAAAAGGUAAGCAAGGAUGGGGGAGAAACAUGAUACAGGUGUAUAAAUUUAGAUGUGGUGUUGAGAAAGUGAAUAUCCCCCCGCUGCCAUUUUGCAGAAUCUGAGCCCAUCAAAUGAAGGAUAGACUUCUUUGCACAGAAUGUGAAACUAUGGAACUGACUACCACGACAUCAUGAUAGAGUUGGAAAGUUGGAAGGGACCCUGAUAAUCAUUAGUCCAGCCCCCUGCAAUACAGGAAUAUGCAGCUGUCCCAUACGAGGAUCGAACCUGCAACCUUGGCAUUAUCAGCACCAUGUUGUAACCAACUGUGAUGGCCUCCAACCUAGGCAGCUUGAAUAGAGGAUUAAAUAAAUUCAUAAGGCUAUCAGGGGCUGCCUCCGGGAUGAAAGGCAGCAUUCCUCUGAGUACCAGUUUGUUGGAAGCCACAAGUGGAAGAGUCCAUACCUCACUUGUGGGUUUCCUGUUCCCAAGGUUAUCUGCUUGGUGAUAAAAUGUUGGCCUAUGUAGACCUAUGGUCUGAUCCAGAAGGACUCUUGCUCUUGCCACUCGGUUGAUUCCCUGGGUAGGCCCAGAAGUGUGAUAAUACUCCUCUCCACUUUGCAGAACAAUAUAGAUCGCUGGCUUGCCACAUGCUUAAUGCAAACCAGGGCAACUUGCCACUUAGUAAACUACUGUUUAUCAUUUAUAUAGUGCUGGAGAGCGUUCAAAACAAUUUACGAUGCUUAGAUCCACGUCUAAUUAUAGCCCAUAAUUUAUUAAGCCUCCAAUAAUUAAAUUAACUGCUGUAGAUGAUAUUGAUGAAUUCAUUUAAUACAACUUCAAAUAAUUAAAAAAAAACACCACCCCACCAUGCUGGACAUAUUUCAAUACAAAUCUUCCUCAGCAGUAUUAUUAAUCACAGUUCAACAUAUCCACAAUUUGGUUUUCAAAGCAGGUUUAGUGGAUACCUUCUUUGGCCUUAGAUAUGAUUGUAUCCAGACAAAAAAACAUAGAACCAACAAAUCCCAUUUAAAAUAUUAUUCCUAUGUUCCCAUAUGAAAGGCCCUCAGAAAGGAGCAAUUUUUUGUCUGAAUGUAUAAAAAAUUGUUUUAAAAUUCCAAAGCCAGUCUGGAGCACUUGCUGCUUUCGUUGUGGUAGGAAAAUAAAACUGCAAAAAUGUGCCUUUUCCCACUUAAAAACAACAUUAUAUUGUGUAAAAUGCCACAUAACCCCAAUAGCUGCUAAAACGUAGCAAAGAGUAGAAUUUCACAUUUACAUAAAACUGGAAAGUAGAUCCCACCUCCAUUACCCAGCAAAGUAAAUCAACCUAGAUUCCAGUUAUACUCUAUACAGUAAAUCUGCUUCAGAACUUUUGUAAUCGACCAGACCUGCGCCUUAUAGCUAUAAAAUAUUGUGGGAAAUUAUUAAAGAAUGAAAGCCUCAGCUGCUGUAAUUAAUGUGCAAUGAUCCCAUGGACUAGUAGGACUAAUUCCUAGAGCUUUGAGGUUUAAGAUGUACAAACCCUUCGGAGAAAUGUGGUCGCCUGAGGGAAACCAUAACUGAUUUAUUAAGAAUCCUAAGGCUUGCCUUUCAUAUCUUGGACAAAUGGUAAGUCAGCUCCUAGGAGUUUUGUACAUCUCUAUCAAGGUGCCAUCCCUCCAUGUUGAGAUUCAUUUGCCAGAAGACAAAAUCCCACAAUAAAAAGUAUUUGUCACAGAUGACAAUCACACAAUUUUGCCAUCUUGGAGACUGAAGAAUGAUGCCUCUUACUACAAAGUGACUGCAGGGGCAGCCAAACCAAAUCUCAUACGUAGUUUUUAUCAGUUCAACAUGUUUUCAGGCUAUUUAGUGCCUCCAGUACAGAUUUUUAGUAGGAUUUUAAUUAAGGUUGGGAUACAGUAAGUUGGACACCGAAUAGUUUUGAUAGGGAACAUCUGGACCAGCUGUCCAGAUAGAUGUAGCUUGGGGGCUACUUUGGUUUUGUUUUGUUUAACUGCUCUCUCCUCUUUUCAGAACCAGAAAUCAAAUGACAUGAAAGAAAUAAAAUCAGGCUUGCAGAAUCUGCCUUGUUUUUGUACUAGAACCUUGAUAUCCCCUGGCUGGAGCCAAGUGCAAAAUUGGUUUUCAGGACCAGAACUGAGCUCUCAGCCCUGCCACACAAAUAUCUACAGUAUUCCUGCACAUUGCUCAAAGAUCUACCACUGGAUCCCAAUCAAACUUUGGCCCACCCAUAUUUUCGGGGGGGGGGGGGUAAUUGGUUUUAAAAUCUCUCAGAAUGAAAAGCAGAAACGCUUUGUUUCUAAAUCUGUUUUCUUCUGUCAACAUUAUCAAAGUAACAAACUAACAUGAUGCCUAGCAGCUAAUUUCAAAGUGGUCCAACACUCAGUUUGCACGUAACAGAGGUGAACAUUUGCUGCCUAGGGUACACAAGUGUGUGUCUUCUGUACACUACAGUGCUCUGCAUCGUAAUGGUUAGCCUGGUCACUAAGCUCACUAAGUAAACCGGUGGGGUAAUUGAUAGUGUGUUCGUGCCAUAUCAUUUUCUACUGAUGACUUUCCAGAAGAUGAAAAACAGAUUGUUCGCCCUCUCCAGGAAUGCUCCCAGUUAUGAGAAAAGCAAAUUCCCUGGCUUGACAUUUGAUGUACCUUUUUGUCUGAUGAAAGCAUUUUUCUCUAGCAGGUAUUUUAGAGUGCCCAAGGCAUAGAAACAGGCUAUUAAUGCUUUCAUUUUCACAGUGGUAUCUGCAGGCAGUUGGUCAUUGAUCUAUCUCCAGGACCAGAUCUUGACUGUGCCUUGGACAGAACUGCGUUAUGAGCUUCCCUGACGUGCUGUGCUAAAAGUAUCCUUUGGGAUGAUUCAUUCCCUGGGUUCAGAAUAGGCCUUUUAUGAGAGCAUAUUGCAAUGGGCCUUCAAAGUCCUGUGGGUGAUUUGACACUUGAGGAGAAAGAGAGAUAUGAAUCUGAUUCAUGCAAAAAUUACAUUCUAAAUAUAGAAUGAUACACCCCUAUGUUUGCAAAGUUUGGUAAAUACCGUCCACAAUACAUGCCAUGCCCCAGAAUGAAGAAGCCAGGCCAGGCUGGAUUAAUCAUUAAGAAAAAUUAGCCCUACCGAGCGCCUUCUCAGUAGUGGCACCUGCCCUGUGGAACGCCCUCCCAUCAGAUGUCAAAGAGAUAAACAACUACCUGACAUUCAGAAGACAUCUUAAGGCAGCCCUGUUCAGGGAAGUUUUAAAUGUGUGACAUCUUUGGUCUUUAUGGAAGCCGCCCAGAGUGGCUGGGGAAACCCAGCCAGUUGGGCAGGGUACAAAUAAUAAAUUAUUAUUAUUAUUAUUAUUAUUAUUAUUAUUAUUAUUUGCUUAGGGCAUCAGGGAAGGCGGGCACCACAUAAAUUUACCAUGACCAGAUUUUAAACGUUACAGUGGUACCUCUGGUUGCGAACACGAUCCGUUCCGGAGGCCCGUUUGCAACCUGAAAAGAGUGUAACCUGAAGCGCCUUAUCUGCGCAGGGACGCUGUGUGAUUUGGCACUUGUGUGCAUGCGCGAAGUGCGAUUUAGCGCUUCUGUGCAUGCACGAGUGGCGAAAUCCGGAAGUAACAUUUCCCGAUACUUCUGGGUCGCUGCGGGACGCAACCUGAAAAGACGUAAUCUGAAGCGUCCGAAACAUGAGGUAUGACUGUAAUGGUCACAAAUUGCUCAGCUGAGCAUUCAUUUUCUCAGGUGAAGAAUAUUAAAAAUCCCAAUAGAACAGCUAUGCAACAAGGUGGGCUGGAUGCCUUAUCUCUACUAAGUAUUGAAGCAGAUGCGCUAAGUAAGAUUAGUCACAUGACAGGAAAGGCCCUGGGUGAUUCAGCUAGACUUGUCUUCCCAGGGAGUUUAAGGACAGGCAAGGGUGUGCACAGGUGCUACGAGCACAACCCCAGGUAUAGGGCGCUAUAUAAAUUCAAUAAAUAAUAAUGAACUAGGAAGCCGAGAGGCACCCUAGCUAAAGGGGUCCAACUCCAGUAGGAAGUCCGAACCUCCGGAGGGAGCGUAUUUGAAAGCUCCUGCUGGUAGGAAAUGACAGAGACCAGACCAGAUUCUAGCGAAAGCAAGGCAGCGACGUAAGCCUGAUCUUUAUUAAAAAAUAGCUGUUGGCAACAGGGUUCCCACUCAUGCUACAGGCAUUGGAGGAGGAACCCCGAACAAAAGAAAUCUCUUACAUUUAUACCUUAAAUUUCUAUACAGUAGACAUCAGAAGAGGCGCAGCUGCAAGGUAUGUUGAAAGGAUUUAGCACAGGUAAGUGGUGUGUUGAGGAAGGGUUAAAUGGUGUUAUUCGUUUGUGAUUGCUGUACAAGAGGUGUUUAGGUUGAUUUCCGGUCUCCAGAAGUGUUGACAAAUGGUUUUGUUUUUUCUGCACACAUACUGGAUCCUGCAUGGUCUCCAGGUCCCAAGAACUCCUUGCACACAGGGCUUAUUGCCUGACCACUCAAAUAGACAUACGACAGGGUUGGUUUCAAAAAAGUGAGGUUACAAUUUAGUAGAAAGUCCGUCCUGUAUUGGGGUAUUGUGAGGGGUGUGGCGAUGAAGGGUACCCCUUGUUUGUGGUGUGAGGGAGUAUGGGCACAUACCCAGCAAUCAGACAUAUUGGUAGUGUGGAUGACCUUCUGGAGAAGUUGCUUUGCCAUGCAGACAACUGUUGGGAAUGAGUGGGGAUGAGUAACUCUGAUAAUUUGACGUUCCUAGGGGUUGUGCCUAUGGGGUGUAGGGGAUCUUGGUGAUGAAGGAGAUUUAAGUCGGUCAUUAUCCCACCACAUCUCUGGGUCCCAUUCCGAAGCGGUACCUCCUCCCACAGGAUGCAGCCAGCCUUCAAGGUGCAUUUUCCCUCCCCAAGUCGAAGAAGUCCCUAAAUCCCAGACACAGCAAAAUCUAUGUACACAAGUACCUUGGAUAGUGGAGGCAGUGGUAGAGUCACUGCAAUAAAAUCCGUAAGUCCAGUGUUUGUAAUACAUGGAAUUGGUGUAGCCUUCCCAAAGUCUUUUUUCCUUGUUUGGAUGGGUUGUAGUGCCGAGUGGGUUUCCCCCAUUGUGCUUGGAUAUAAGUCCCAUUGUGGCAAGUCAGUCGGUUCCACAGGUGUUCGAUGGUGAAGAGAGCACAUCCUAGAACAGUGUAGGAAUCGGAUCGAACGAGGAGUUCCCAUGCUUGAGUGUCCUGUAAACGUGGUCGGAAAGCGUGUUGUAGCCAAGUCCUGGUUCCAGGUAAAGUGAAGGACAAGAACUGCUAUGGCAGCUGCCUUCUCUAGGGCAUUGCAGUUACUCUUGCGCAAGCCUUUGUGGAACAAGCCGGCUCCUUCUGCUCAUGGUCCAAUUGACUGGGGACUGGAAUUUGAAGCCGCAGUGAGAAAUGGCUCUGGGAAGGUAUGGAUAGAAGAAACAAGGAGUCUAGCAUUAUUGCCAGGAAGAUGUUACAAAUGGGAAACCUGUGUCAAAUGAAUGCCACCAUACUUUUUCAUCUCACACAGACAGAUCAUAAUCAGUGCCUCUUAGCUUUCAGUUCUUCCCCAAUCAAGAUUGUAACUAACAGUUCCUGCAGUAUUUCUAGAUCACAAGUUACCUAGUCGUAACAAACAAUAUCUUACCCCACUAACUAUGCAUUUGAGAUACCAGAACUGAGGGCAGGUAAGGAUACGGGACAGGUAGAUCAAAAGAGGCUUAAAAAGAGGACAUCUGGCCAGCUUAGAUACCAUCCUUGGGCCUGUUCAUUUUUUAUCUUACUACGUUCCUUCCUUUGUUCUCAGCCUAGGCUGGGAUGUGCAUCAAACAGAGUGUUAAUAUUUGAAGAAGCAUUUCAUAUUCAUUCACUGACAGAGCAAGUUGCACUAAACAUCUGAUUUAUACUGACAAGGUCUGAGUGAUAUAUUAGUGUAUGGAGGUGUUUUUACGGGAAAUGAGUCAUCUGCAUACAUAUGAAAAUGCGAGUCUAAUUUAAAUAUUUAAUGGCAAUUUUAUUCAGUGGCAUUUUGUAUUAAAUAUUCAUACGCAGUAUUAGUGUUACUAAUGGAUAAGCUUUUUCAUGUAAUGCAUUACCAUGUUUUGGAAAUGAAACAGUGGAGUGGGAAACAGCAAGCAAAUCACAUUAAACCAACAAAUUAGAAUAUUGUUAACUGUCACAUUAUGAGGACCCAACACUAUCUAUGAACAUAGUCCAAAACACAUGCAGAAAGUGCCACUCAUUAAACAGCAGUAAAGUUCAGGAUUUCUUGUUUUCUAUGCAAGAUUAAAAGAACUGGGGGUGCUUAUGGCAGCCUACAAAACUGACCCCUCUGAUCUCUGCCCCAUAUGUUGCAUAUUUCUAGACUGCUUUUCACUCAAGUGGCUUGCAAAGCGGCUUACAAACAAUAAAUAACAAUAAGAUAAUAGAACAUCACAAAUAUAGCACAAAUCAUAUGGAAUAAUUAGCAAACCAUCGGUAAAACAAUUGCAGUCUAUAAAACAGUAUUAACAAAACAACGAAAGAAAUAAGCCAAGCAGCACCGUUACAACCAAAGUCAUAUGAAAGGAUUCACAAAGUACUGCACCAUUCAUAAUCUAUAAAGCAACAGGAACAACUUUAACGAAACAGCAACCAAAAAACAAGCACCCUUGCACUCGCUCAUUGUGGGAGAAAGUCUACGCACGUGGUGCUGGCGUAAAGGAAGUGGGUUUAAGUUAGGUGUAAAGUUAGACCAGAUCCAAGCGCCAUUCAGCAGUGGGGCUGCUGCUGCUGCUCUGCCUAAGCCUGGCAGAGGGAAAACAAGCCUUAAAAAUAGUGCUCUGCUGGGUUGUCAGGCUAAGUGACUGAGUGAAUGGGCUUUGGAUCGGGCCUAACCCCCCCCCUGGCCUGCCACACCCACCCACCCUCAGAAUGCCCCUUUUGGGAGACUUAUAGCGGCCUCAACUCAGCCAGGAUGAGCAAGUUAUGCUGGAGUUAUCUUCAGCUGAGUCAGGGCUGGUGACUUAAUGCUGGCUGAGCCCAGCUGAGCUGAGACUGAGCUAGAGAUCAGUUGCAUGCUAAGCUGCUCAUCCUGUUUUAUGUUUAUUUAGAUUUUUUGAUGCUGCUGAUUGCCAGAUGGUCACAGGGCAGUUUGCACAUUUAAAAUGUCAGAAAUGCAUGGUACAAAAAUUGAACUAAAGCUGCAAAGUAAGUAACAACAACAGCAUCCACAAAUCGGCAACUGGACGAUUCCACGACACCUAUAUUCCAUACCACUUUCUCUCUCUCUUUCCUAGUGGAGGAGUUGGGUUUGUGCUUGUCCUCUAAAUGAAAAGUAAUGAUGGAACAGGACACAGAGGGAAGGGAAGGGAAGGGCAGGAAACUGCUGCACGAUGAACUUCCUUAAGUUAAUUUAUUUUAGGAUUCCAGUUGAAGUCGAAAAUAUAGAUAAACUCCAUCAUCUAAAAUUCCUCUAAUUUAAAACAGAACUCCACAGCCCACAAAAAAUUAUGAAUGCUUAAACCUUUUCUAGGGAUGCGGGUGGCACUGUGGGUUAAACCACAGAGCCUAGGGCUUGCCAAUCGUAAGAUUGGCAGUUCAAAUCCCCACGACAGGGUGAGCUCCCGUUGCUCGGUCCCUGCUCCUGCCAACCUAGCAGUUCGAAAGCACACGGUGCAAGUAGAUAAAUAGGUACCGCUCCGGUGGGAAGGUAAACGGCGUUUCCGUGUGCUGCUCUGGUUCGCCAGAAGCGGCUUAGUCAUGCUGGCCACAUGACCCGGAAGCUGUACGCUGGCUCCCUCGGCCAAUAAAGCGAGAUGAGCGCCACAACCCCAGAGUCGUCCACGACUGGACUUAACGGUCAGGGGUCCCUUUACCUUUACCUUUAAACCUUUUCUAGUUGAGAGGCCUUGGGGUAUCCUGGGCCUUGUCUCUAUUUCUCAGUUGGGAGGUUUGCUCUUCCUCCACCAUGCAGAAAGAAAGAAAAAAUGUUUUUCUUCCUAUUAAAAAUGAUUGCAUCCCCACUUUGAUUGCAGCAGUGUUUUCUGUGCAUUAUGCUGCACAGAGGUUCAUAAAGCACGUUUAAGGCCAAUUCGGCAUAAAGGUGCUGUGUAAUAAAUGCUAACACAAAAGGAUGGUGUUUUUCAUUAAAAUAAGAAAGCCUCUUGAAUCCCUGGAUAUUCGAGAAGUACGCUAGGGCCCCAAUCCAACACCGAGUUAGACAUGCUUAAAUUAAGCCCACUGAUUCCACUGGCUUUAAGCAUGCCUAGCUGAGCGUUUCUUGGAUUGUGGCCCAGCUAUUGGAAGGAAGGCUUUAAGGAAGGAUUAGCAAAUUAUCUCAUGUAGAGAAGUUCUCAAGGAGAGGUUGGUUUCACAUUUCUGCUAAGAGUUGCUGUUACACUGACAUUCUGCUACUAUAAAUUCCAGCUAUAGUAAUCUGCAUUCUAAUUAGCAGCUUGCCUUUCGAAAACAGGAGCAUGUGGGUGGUAAAGGAUUAUAGAUUAUAGAUUAUAAGGAUUAGAGAACCGUGUGCAUGUGUUUCUCAGAUAUCUAUUCUAGGCAAUAAGCUAGUUUAAAGGGGGGAGGAAUAAAAAUCUAUUUGUCCUUUGGGAAGAUUUGACUGCUGCUGGGAAAAGGCUGUAUUGCUUGAGAACUCGCAAAGUGAAAUGUAGCACUCAGUGAAGUGGUUGGAUGAGAGGAAAAGGGAGAUGGGUUCAUAAUAUGAGUUGUUUGAAGAGACUCCCCCCCCCCAAAAAAACCCCCCCAUUAAAAAUAACAGUAACAUUUACAUCAAACCAAGAUGAAAUAAAGAGGAAGAAUCAGGCAGGCAAACAUCCAAGUACACUUUAUUUUGUUCCAGCAGGCUAUGUUUUGCUUUUCCAGAAGCUCCCUGUUCGUUCUGAUUCAGAGGCAACAAGCACACCUUUCGAGAAAGGCUAUGCACUUAAUUUAUGUACAGAAAGAAUUGGCAUGCAACGCCCACAGCUCGCCUGCUUCUGGUCAUAAAGACCAGGACUAGCCUGCCUUGGAAAGCCUAAAUUGCACAUAAAGGCUGAUUAGCUGAGUCUGGUUACCAUUUGCAGAGAAGCAGUCAGAUUAGUGCAGCAAGAAAGAGAAAUGGUAAAGCUAAGCUCUCCUGACGGAGUCCCUGGUCCCACCUGUAUGCCCAUUUCCAACUCAUGGGAUGCUACACAAUGCUAGCUUGUAGGAAGCCCAGUUACUAGACCCGGCUUCUAUACAGCAUUAAGGCAUGAAAUAGCACACUGUGCCUAGCUUCAGCCAAGAAUAUCAGGCAAGACCUUACUGCCUAUGCCCCUUCAGUUGUUCAGACACCUGGCACAUGGUCCUUCUCAGUCAGCGUGAACUCCCAUCAUCCCUGACUGUUGACUGCGCUAGCUUGGACUGAUGGGAGCUGGAGUUACCACAACUGGAGGAGGUCUACCACCCCUGAUUUAAACGGGCCUACUUAUUAGAGAUUUCUAUAAUCUAAAAUGCAUACACACACAAAUUACCUUUGACUAAAAUGAGGCAUAUUUUCAUGGGCAAUCUAUUCCAUCUUCCUACUUGAUAAAGAUAAACAGCACAGUCAUCUGGCGUCUCAUACCCUUCAACAUCCCACAGAUCAAAAUCAAGACGCUCAUUUUUUUGGUCUUUUGGUCCAUCACUCUGGUGUGAGCCAGAUGAUUUGUGCCAGAGCAUGAGAGCAAAAACCGAGCCCCUUUUGGUCCAGUGCUCUGGCACAAAACAGGACUGUUGAGCGGUAUGGAGUCUUGCUGUACAAUACCAUUGUUAUGUGGAACCACACCCAGCUUUAUCUCCCUUGGUCAGAGUCAGGCCCAGUAUUAGUUCUGAACUGGUGCCUGCCCCUCUGUUGUGACCUAGAUGGAAAUUUAGGCAGUUGAAGCUGCCUCAAACCCUUUGGGUAUGAGCAUUAUUUUUUGAAAAUACAGUAAAUAGCAAAAGAAGCUAAGACUUCUGUGGUAGAAACCACUUCCUGAAGGAAUGCUUCUGCAGGCUUCUCAAGCAAUACAAAGCUUUCCUGCUCCCUCAUGUGGUUAAGGGCAGCAAACCAAUGUACAAAAAAAGCAAAACAAGGCAUUGCGUCUAGAUCAUUUUUCCCACAGAGGAGUCAUUUCAAAGUAAAAUUAUUAUUACAGCACAAUACUUAUUAUUUGAUCUAGCCAGAGGCUGUUACAAUAGAAUGACUAUCACUUGACAUACCUAAGAAAACACGUCAGUGCAGUAAGAUAAAUAUUCAGCAUGCCUCUGCUAAUUGCAUCUUCCUUUCCCAUCAAUAUGAUCACAUCACCAGUGCUUGAAUUACAGGGUGAAGGACAAAGGGGAUCUAGUCACCUUCACUUUGAUACAGAUCCCUUAGCUACACUUUUAAAAGGCCCUAGGGGGGCGUGAUUUGGCUAAAGCUAAGCAGAAUUAGCAGGGGCAGUUCCAGAUUUGAGCCUCCCUUGGGCAAGGCUCUGGGGGGUGGCCUCCUCCAUCUCUGUGCCCUGGUGGGCUUACCUGACGGUGGCGGCAGCAGCCCACAACAGCCAUACCAGAGUUCCAGUUAGUGAAGAAUGCUUGGAUCUAGAUGCACUUUUAAUUCUACAUAAUGCACCAGAGAAAUGUUCUAGAGGGGAAGCCAGUGGCGCUCUGAGUGCUGGGCUUGGGAUGAAGGCACGCCUGAGGAGAUAUCAGUUAUGAGCUCUGCUGAGGCUUGGGCAGCCAGCAAGAUUCCAGUGUGUGGAAGCUGACCCUGGGCAUUUGAGAAUGGGGCUUGUGGGUUUCAUUUAAGGCCCUACACACUCCCCGCACCCAAGCAUUGCACAUAAGGUUGUUCCUGAAAACCGUAAAAAACAGCAGCUGUUAUGGUCAAGCAGCUCCUAGACUAUAUCGCUUCCUACUGCAUAAUUAAAUGUUAUGUUGUGCUAUGGUUUAUUUAUAUCUCUCUCUUUUUAGCCCAAAGGCCCCCAAAGCAGCAAACAGCACAUGAAUACGAAAGGAAUAUACAGUAAAAACACAGUAAUGUUCCGCCCCUGUACAAAAGACUCUCUGUAUACAGAAAAUGGGUGUUGUAGCCUUUUCUAUCAUCUUACUUUUAUAUGUACAAUAUUUAAUAUCCAAGGCUAGCCUUAGAUGUAUAGGAAACUGGAAUCCAGAAUUGGAAAUAUUGUUGGAGGUGUGGACAGUGGAGCUGUAAUGGAACCUAUUGUUCCUUUCCCAAGUAUUUGAUUUCCCUGUUUUGCCCAUUCAAGUGAAGAUACCUGUUUGUCCCAAACAUUAUUUAUAAUUGGGGAUGGGCAAAUCUGUCAGUUUCAGUUUCUCUCAACUUCUUAUUUUUUCCAGUCUAGGGGAGCAAUUCUAUACACAAGGAACUGAUGUAAGUUAUGAUGGCAUAAAGUUACAUCAGAAAUGGGGUGGCCUGCUCUGUUUCGCUACCUGAGACAAAAAUAGGAAGGUGCUGCUCUGGACGUACACUGCUACCUAAACCUUGUUUUCUAAGGUCGCACAACUAUGGCUCUGGGGUUUGGGUGAGAUCUCACCAAAAUCUGAAACCUACCACAGCCGCUUCUCUGGUAGUGGUGGUGGGGCAUCCACAAAGGAACUUCUGGAUUCCACCACCUGAGGAGGCUGCUUCAGUCUGCCUCAUGAAUGGGCCGGCCCUGCACCAGAGCCAAACUCAAUUCAGCAGUACUGAAUUCAGGAUUUACCCCAUCUUAAGAUAUGCUAAGCUUGGCUGGUUCCUGGCUGAGCCAGGAUGAGAGAGAUACAUGUUUAUUUCUGGCUGAGCUAAAAUAUCUAUUGCUGAGCUGAAGAUGAAGGACUUAGGCUGGUGCAGCCUGGCUGUGCUGGGAACAUCCAAAAUCAGCUGAAGAUCUACUGGAUUCUAAUCUGCUCAUCCAGAAGAUCUUGCUAUAAGAUUGCUCUUUUAAAUUCAGUUUGGCACAUUUUCACAGCACUGUGUAUUUAUUUAUUUAUUUUUAGUUGUCAUGAAAAUUCACCAGCAUUUUACUGCAAUUUUCUCCUAAUGCACACAUUGUUUAUGCAGUUUUGAUGAAAAAAAUCCAUUUUAGUAAAGCCGUUUCCCAAAAUACAAUGUAUUUUUGCAAGUAAUUUUCACUGGUACCUGCAUUUUUAUACCUACUUUACCCCAGUAUAACCACAUUUGCACACAUUACUUGAUUGGAGAACUGCAUUGCAAAAUUCAGAAAUGUAUGAACUCCGAAAGACUGGUGUGUUUCAGUUCGCAUAUUGUUUCAGGAAGUACCUUGAAAUGCAAACUGAAUCAACUUCCCCCAACCACCCCUAAUUAUAAUUCUCCCACUGCCGUCAAGAUCCACAAUCUUUCAAAUGCAAGGUGUUGAGGUGAGAAUAGGAAUUUGUUUGUGCUUCUUCUAGUCGCCUUGGAAUAUAUGAAGUAGUAAAUGAGCAAUGAUGAGCAAACACUGGCUUUAAACAGUAGAUUGAGUAGAAUCUUUGGCUGAUGUUCUGAUUGUGUUUCCCUCCACUGUGGUUUGGCUGGAGGUUAGUCUCCCUUUUUUAUUUAAACAGAGAUGUUUGUUUGAAUGACAACCUCUGGUUUGUGAUCUGUGCAUAGGUGAAUAACUUGGUGACACCUGCAUCUUGGCUUAGCAAAGCACAUCUCCACCCAGAAUUGAGUCAUCUCUGGCUCUGCUGCUGAUAGAUGAGAUGAGGAAAGAAAACCUGACAAGAGAAAAUAUUUGGGCCCAGUUGCCUAUGAGAUGAAACAACCCCUUUGCUCAGUUGUUCUGCAAUACAUUGACUGCUUGCUCCUUCCUUCUUGAAAUGAGUUUUUACAUACUGAGUGAGCAAUGAUCUAUGAGGACACCUGCUUGUGGACUGUUCUGCUUUUCCCACCUGAAUAAAAAUGUAACACACUGUG